UGGGCGGGUUCGCAACUCCGAGCUAUAUUGAUCAAUCUAAAGGGCCGGGAACCAUCAGUGCAACGAAGAGGCUCUUGGAUUAGAUCUGAAUCUCAAGGCAGUCUCGAGAACUAUAUAAGAUGGCCGAUCUGCGUGUUCUUUUACCCUUUCCACUGCAGUCUCGAUCAGAUUCUUCAUCCGCUCAGCAUGUUCUCCAAGAUUGGUCUUUUGUCUUCCCUCCUCGCCGCUGGCGCUUCGGCCCAGCAGGUCGGUACCUUGACCACAGAAAACCACCCGUCCAUGCCCAUUCAGUCAUGCUCAGCUAGCGGGUGCACGACACUUCAGACCAAGGUCACGCUCGAUGCCAACUGGAGAUGGCUGCACACGACUUCUGGUAGCACCAACUGCUACGACGGAAACACGUGGAAUGCCACUGCCUGCCCUAGUGGCAAGACCUGCGCGGCCAACUGUGCCCUUGAUGGAGCAGACUACACCAGCACGUACGGUGUUACAGCUUCUGGCGGGGCUCUUACGCUCAAGUUUGUCACCGAAGGUCCCUACAGCACGAGCGUUGGAUCUAGGCUCUAUCUAAUGGCUUCGGACACAAAGUACCAAAUGUUCAAGCUGCUCAACAAGGAGUUUACCUUUGACGUUGACACAUCUCAAUUGCCCUGCGGCUUGAACGGUGCUCUCUAUUUGAUCGAAAUGGACGAGGAUGGUGGCAUGUCUAGGUUCCCCACCAACAAGGCCGGUGCCAAAUACGGAACUGGAUACUGUGAUACGCAGUGCCCGCAUGACAUCAAGUUCAUCAACGGCGAGGCCAACAGCGAAGGCUGGAAUCCAAGUGAACAGGAUGGCAACGCUGGCUCCGGCAAAUAUGGCGCUUGCUGCGCCGAAAUGGACCUAUGGGAGGCCAACUCCAUCUCCACAGCCUACACUCCCCACGUAUGCUCCGUCAAGUCUGCGACGCGUUGCUCCGGUAUCGACUGUGGUGACGGCGAUGACCGCUACUCCGGCAUCUGCGACAAGGACGGCUGCGACUUCAACAGCUUCCGCAUGGGCGAAAAGUCCUUCUACGGCCCUGGCGGCAAGGUCGACUCCAAGAAGAAGCUCACUGUUGUGACCCAGUUCAUCACUGCCGACAACACCGACACUGGCAAGCUCACCGAGAUCCGCCGCAAGUACGUCCAGAACGGCGUCGUCAUCAACAACAGCGUAUCCAAGGUCAGCGGUGUCACCGAGUCCGACAAGAUCACAGACGCCUACUGCAAAGAGCAGAAGACUGCCUUUGGCGACAAGAACCACUUCGCGCAGUUGGGUGGUCUCGAAAACAUGGGCGGCUCCCUCUCCCGCGGCAUGGUUCUCGCGCUCUCGGUCUGGGAUGACUACGCCGUUAACAUGCUCUGGCUCGACUCCACCUUCCCUACUGAUGCCGACCCCUCUGCCCCUGGUGUCGCCCGCGGCACAUGCAGCGUCGAUUCCGGGAAACCCCAGGAUCUGGAGAAGAACUCCCCCAACUCGCAGGUCAUCUACAGCAACAUCAAGUUUGGCGCUAUUGGGUCUACGUUUGGCGGUUCCGGCACUACUCCUGGCACCCCGACCACCACCGGCGGAUCCCAGCCCCCGACAAGCCCUACAUCUGCUCCAGGUGGUUCGUCGCCAUUGUAUGGACAGUGUGGUGGCAACGGAUACCAAGGCCCAACUACCUGCGCGCAGGGCACCUGCAAGAAGCAGAGUGAAUGGUACUCUCAGUGCCUUCCGUAGAUGGUAGAAGCACUGUAGACGGUGUGGUGAAGAGGGACAUAGAUACGAAGACAAGAUUCAAUGUACAUAGAUUGAUAUUUCGUUGAUAGGAACAAUUCACAAUUUGUAUAUACAGGAAAAUGCUGUUCUUUUUUUUGUAUUACAUAUUUAUCGUUAGAGUUUGCUGUCGUAGAGCAUGCAUACAUGUUAUCAUGUAUGCGGUCUUGCGCGGAACUUUACUCGAUCGCUUACAUCAAAGAGGGACAAGAAAUGACUGAC